AUGGCUUCUUCUCAGUCAGAAGCAGAGCAGAAAGAGGCUUAUCAGUAUUGGGGCUAUCUCUUCAAGCAAGAUCGAACAGGCACUGAUAUGCUCAAGAACUUACUGCGAGGCAUACACAAAACUAUAAUGGCCCAUUUCUACCGAGCAGUCAAUGGCAACUACGACCCACUCUUUCUCUCGACUCCUCCCUCGACCAUUGCAUUCAUCUACAAGAACUUGGGCUGCUUGCACAGUCUGCAGCCCCUGGCCAACCUCAGAGACCGCUAUGCUGAUCCUGUUGUACCCGCCCUCAAGGUUGAGGGGUAUAUCAUGUGGCAGACUGUGCAACUCCUGUUAGGGCCUGAUGAACACUCUGAGUUCUUGAGGCAAGCUGUGCAGAAAUGGGACAUCCAAAAUCCUGAAACUGGCGACGCAUUCCCCAAAGUCCUGCCGCGAUCAUGUUUUCCUCCGCAUCCAGACACCAGCAUGGUCGAGUGGUAUGAAGGUAUGAGCAGCCGUUUGCGUCGGGAGGCUGAAGAGCAAGAGCGCAUCCGAGUCCAACCCAUCGAGGACCGCCCAGACACACCAAACAACUCCAAGCACCAUCGCAAAAUCAGCAGGUACUCGGACAAUGCUCUCACCGACGACGAGUCACCACCAGACCACAAAAACUUUGCAAUAGCCUACUUCCGAGACCCUCUCUUCAGGACAAUCGACGGUAGACCCGGUGUUGUGAGGAACGGCAGCCGCCGCAGACCUCCUCUCAGUCCUCGUGACUCGUUUGUGCACAGGAGCAAGACUGUUGCAUCGACGUUCGGCAAUGUCAUCAAGAAUGUGGGCAGUCCGCACCUAUGGGACGGUCACGCAGCUACCAAAGAAAAGGAAAAAGACCGCGAUCACCGUCGGCGCAAGAGUUUGCCUGACAAGCACCUCUACCAAGAUCUUGACAGUGAGGGCGAUCAUGUUCGACAGUACAGCCGUCGAGGAUCUGUCCAAGAUUCACCACCUGAGCACCAUCACCAUCACUCUCACCACCAUGAGUCUUCAAGCCUGCGACCAAGUCCGACGUACCACGAUCCCAACAUGCGGCAUAGACGUUCCCAUGGUCCAACCAGCCCACGCGAGUACUUCCCUCCUGUUGAUGACGAAGUGGACAUGCGGCGAUCUAGUUCAGCCACGCACCUCAAACCUCGCUCAACGAGUCCGCAAAAGUCGGGCUUCAUGCCCUCGGUAUCACCAUUGUUUGCCACGCACAUAGCACGAGAGGGCCAUAGACCUUCUUCUCGCUCUCGACAAUCCUCGGCGCGCAGCCCCGAGCGGCCCGAGCUAGCAAGGCAGUCUGGGGACGGAGGAAGCGGCAGCGAGGUCGGGAGCAACAGGGGAGGAAACAGAGGCACUCGACCAAAGGUGGCAAGAUUUCAGGAUUCCCCGGUUGGAGGAGUGACUGGGCGGAAGUAUCCGGUUGAGUCGGCGUAU